AACAAUUACACAGGGUACAAACCUACCGAGCCAGUAACAACGGUCGAGUCCAUUGCCCUUAGCGCCAUCACAAACAAACAGUUUUUUGAGCAGUAUGUGGGGUUGAGAAAACCUGUCGUCAUCAACGGCGUGAUCCCCCAGUUUCCGCUCGCCGACUUCAAAGCCGAUGGGGACGCCUUUGUGGAGUUUCUCGGUGCCAAAGACUGUGACUUACAGGUCGAGCAGAAAGUGCGAGGCGGCUUCGGGAGUGGUAGCCAGAGAGUCAAGAUGAAGUUGCCUGAACUAUUAGAGAAGUUCAAAGAUGGCGACCAUGAUUGGUACUUGACCACCCAGUAUCUCGAGGACGACCCAGAACUUCUUGUGCCCGAAAGCGACAACGACGAGGAACCAUCGGCUUUCGGAAAUAUUGAGGACUUCUCAGACUUUUCAGACGACUCCAUCGACAUGGAGAACAUCCAAGACGAUUUUGAUGAGGAAGGGAGUGACAUCUCAGACGAAGAUGGGUCAGAAGGCGAGACCGACGACCCAAUUGUGUCCCAGGUCUUUGACAAGUCGUCUGACGAGCCCCUCCGGUUGUCAGAGGCCAAGAUGCGCGUCCAGGAAUUGGUACAGCAACCAUUGACCGGUUUGGCCAAGUCCAGCAAGUUCCCCUUGCAACCAGAGCUCCUCUCCACGCUUGUGCCGCAGCAGAUUAAUCUCUGGAUGGGCAGCAACACCCAAGCUGCUUCUGAGUUCACUAUCGACGAGAGCGAUGCCCAAACCUUUGGCUUGGGCCGUUCCAUCCCAGGCAAUGGUACCUCAUCCGGGUUGCACCACGACCACGCGGACAACUUGUACAUCCCAAUCAGGGGCCAGAAGCGCUUCACCAUUUACGCACCAAGCGAUGCCGCAAAGUUGAGCACUGUCGGCCGUAUCUUUAAGAUCUACGCGAACGGCUUGAUUGACUACAACGACGGCGACGAGACAUAUGAGUGGAAACAUGUCAGAGACGACGGCGCGCUUGUCACCGAAGCGGCGAGAUACGAGUUGCUGACCAAUGAAGAUCUUGCCGAUAGUAUCAGAGAAGAGCUCGAAACGAUCGUCAGACAGCAGGAAGACGAAGAGCUUGCCGAAGCCUUGUCUGGUGCUAACUCCCUCCGCGAUCGGUUCGACGACAACUUCGUCAAGAAGGACCCUCCUAGUUUCUCCCGCAUCCCCCCUGCCUUAUUGCACAUGGACGAAGUUCUCGCAAUCGAGCCCGAGGUCCAAACAAAAUUGGAGGCCUUUGCGGACAAGAACUUCCCGGGGUUCUUGCAAUUAAACAAGAUGGUGGUUGCCUUGGAACCAGGCCAGAUGCUUUACUUACCAGCAGGCUGGUUUCACGAGGUCACCUCGUUUGGUGGCGAUGCCAACGCGACUUUUGGCCACUUACACCUGGCGGUCAACUACUGGUACUUGCCACCUAACACCAACGACUUUGAAAAGCCGUACGCUGACAAUUACUGGAAGCGGGACUUUGAGAGAACUUCCGAAGCUAUUACCUUGUUGAACAAGGGUGCAUUUGAAUUAUGA